AUGGUCGGAUUUGCCGUAGGCCUUGGCCCGCAGAAAAUCAACAGGCUGCCCCUAGCUGGAGAUCUUGACGCAGUCGAUUUCAGCGAGAACCCCAGCGGUAGGACGGUCGGGAUACAUUUCGGUCUCAUAUUCUUCAAGUGGCAGACUCAAAAUCUCCAGAGAAGUCUGUGCGAAAGACUAGAUGAAUCCCAGCACCUCGAGAGCGACUGUGACGAGAAGUUACGCGAUACGGGGCACAAUGCCUAUUCCGCCGUCGAAAAUGUGGUCACAGAGCUUCUGACCAUUGAGCGGGGAGCGGCCCGCAUCGAGCGAGUCGACAAAGGCAUGGUGAUGAGGUUAGACCUGGUAGCAGAGAGGUUUAGCUCCCUAUGUGACCUUGGCGGGCAAGUUGUGUGGAACAUUGGUACGAAGGCGACUAUGUGCAUGGCCGACGGCGACAAUGCCACGCGCUUCGUGUUCACACUUGAAAGUGAGAUGGAAGCGCUGGAAAUACAAUGUGCAGGCGUCCGUGAUGCCAAAAUAGAGCAAGAGAAGAGCCUGUGUCUCUUUCGAGCACUCGAGGGCGAGAGGUGGCGCGAGGUUCACCACGCGCGUGAAGCAGCCUCGAGCUGGAGAAAUAGGCUUCUCGGAGUCCCCAGCCGGAGCACCAGGGGACGGUUGAAGCGGGAUGUCGAGGAGGCUGAGCAACGGCUGCAGAGGAAUCUGUACCAGCAGAGAGUGGCGCGCGAUAAGAUCGAGGCUUUACAGCGGCUUGAGAGUUUCCAUCAAGAUACAUGGGCGCGCAUGGGAGAGCUCCGGAACAAGGCCCAGGUUGUUGCAGGAGGCUUCAAGCAAGAGUUCAAGCGCGUCACAGAAGUCAAAGAGGUCAAAGACAAGGUGUUUGAAAAUUUGCUGAAUCUUCGGAACAAGAUUCAGGAUGCAGAGUUUCGCAGGACGCGGGACAGCUCCCUACGCCUCGUGGUGGAACUGAUUCGUACCGACAAUGAUAGCUGGUGUGGCCAAGGCUGCCUCGGGUUCUUUGAGGAGAGAAUCACAGAAGCCAUUUCUGUUAGAAGGCUGGGGAUGGGGGAAGAGACACAGACGACGGCCAAGCUGAUGUCGGUGGUGGAUGCUUCUGAAGUUUAG